AUUUUUGAUUGAUUCUUUCGAAAAGUAAAAAAACUCAUUUAAUUACAAGAAUAUAAUAUAUGUUAACCCACCAUGACAAACAUAUAUUUUGACAUCUUAGAUAACAAGUAACUAAAUUAAUUACAUUCCUUUUUAUUUUAUUUUCUUUUUAAUUUUAUGUGAAUGUAAAAAACAAGAAAAAAAAUAAAAUUUAUUUUUCUCUCUCGCUUGGUUCAACCGUGGUUGUUCAUCGGAAAAAUAUCUUCGGCUUCAAUUUCGUUCGAUUUACCCUAAAUUCUCGACUAGUGUUCGUCAAUCCCACUUCCAAUUCCACAUUUCAAACCUUUUCAGGAAGUUGAAAUCAAAAGCAUGAAUGCUUAAACAGUUUACGCAUUAUUGCGAAAUGCAAGCCGAGCUGAUACCCGAAGGUCCUAACGGUGAGGGCCGUUUAUCAAACCAGAACAGCAACCCUAAUUUACUCUCUUCUGCUUCUAUCAGUAUUACUCAGUUUCCUGCUAAGAAGCCGACUAGGCAAUGGGCUGCUUGGACACAUCAAGAAGAGGAAAGUUUCUUCACUGCUCUUCGUCAAGUUGGAAAGAAUUUUGAGAAGAUAACUUCUCGUGUUCAGAGCAAAAACAAGGACCAGGUCAGGCAUUACUAUUAUCGUUUAGUGAGGCGUAUGAACAAACUUUUGGGCCCGGAUCUGAGCCUUGAUGCCAAGAACCCAAAGGACACCAAUGCUGCAAUGCUACGAUGGUGGUCUUUGCUUGAAAAGUAUAGCUGCAAAGCUUCAAAACUUCAUCUCAAGCCCCGGAGAUUCAAACUAUUUAUAGAGGCCUUGGAACACCAAUUGCUGAAAGACCGCAGAAAGAGCAUAAGAAAACGGACUUGCCAGGGAGAAAAUCUCUCUUCUGCUUCCCUCGGAAACAUCUCAAGUCAUAGUAGAGAAAGAGGAUUGGAUAACCGUCCAUUUAAACUUAUUCUCUCCGACGGCCAAAAUGUUAAAAAGCUAGGGCCUGGAAGAGCAUCUACCAAACAUGGUGAAAGCUUAAGUGUCAACCUUGGUGACGAAAAAGAAGACACAGCCUUUGGGAGAGGUGGAAGGCAACGGCGAAAACAAGGUUAUAGAAAAUGGGAAAAAGCUGCAAUAGAUGGGGUCUCUCUGGUUGCUGAUGCUGCAGAGCAUUUGGAACGAACAUCAAUUGACAAAGAUAUGGAUGAUCAAACAGAUUUAGGUCCCACAAGAUAUUUAACCGGAAAGUCUCCACUUUCUCUAUGCUCAGCUGGUGAUGUUCCUCUCAGUGAUGCCAAUAUGCAGUUUUCUGCCAAGCUUAAACUUCAGCUGUUCCCGAUUGAUGAAUGUACUCGAAGAUCCUUGGAAAUGGAUAAGCACAAUCCGCAUCUUGAACUUACUCUUAGUAAUCGCAAGAAGAUAUCAUCUGUACUUGAACAUCUCAAUCGCAAAUGGGGAAGCUCAAGUUGUGCGACUGGAGAGCUAUUGCUAUUUCCUUACAACGCACGAAAAGAAACUGUAACGUGCCAUCAGAGGUGGACCCAUGACUCUUUUCUAAGCGCAGCAGAAGUGCAUUCAAUGGUCGGAAGUCCUUCGGUUUUCCGCUUAAGGUAUGGUUGGUUUGUCCAUGAUGCGUCAGGUUCUAUUAUUUCUCAAGUUCCAACUUCAGAUCCUUGCCCUUCACUCGAGGAUGACAUGAAUGUGGAUAGGUUGAACGAGGUCAACAUGCUCCUUACUGAAUCAGGACCCUUGUCUGUGCAUUCAACUGCUGAACAAACGACAUCUGUAGAGCCCAGUCAGGGUCUAGUAUGUGCAUCUGGUGUCCAUGAUCGUCCCGCAAGAUCUAGAGAUGAUUAUGAACCUGCUUCAACGAGUAUUACUCCACUUGAGCAUUUGAGCGGCGGUAAUGCACAAUCACCAGGAGAAUGGGCUGAUAGUCUUACUAACAUAAGUAUAGGUGAUCUACUUUCUGAAGUGCCCGAUGACAUAGAUAGUGAUGGUGUUGAUCCACCUGCCACCGAAGGUUCACAUUACCUCCUUCGAGAUGUCCCAUUUACCUCUGACUCUUUUGAUGCUGCAAUUGCUGCUCAUAUACUAAGACACCAGAACAAGCCAAGUGCUCAACUACCGCUGACUUCUGGCUCUUCCUCUCUGUGGGAUGAUGAAGAAACACGUGAUGCCUUCUCUUUCCAAAAAAAUCGUUUCGCAAAUUCCACCGAGCUGGCUAGUGUUGCUUCUCCUAAAGGUGUUGGCAGAGUAAAUGGAGAGCCUUCACAGUUGGUGGAGGCUUCAUCCGGCGAUGAGGGAUCUUAUAACCCUCAUGACGAUGGAGAUCCAAUGGAAGAGGGUCCAGCAGACCCUCAUACGAUGGAUUCUCCAGGGAAGACCCCUUGUGGACUUGCGGAUGUAUACUGGCCCGACUCGUUAGGACCACUGGAUUUAGACAUUAGAUCGUCAAAGUAUACAGAUGAUUUGAUCCUUAGUGAGAGCCUCGGGGGAUUGAGCCGUCUGAUAGCAACCAGCCUUGAUGCGUUUCAGAACUGCUCGCUCUUUGGGUUCGACAAUAAGAAGGACAAGUCUAACAUGGUAUGAAAUGGAACCAAAGCUAAAGCAUGGGGUCCAAAUGUUGAUAGUUGAAAAAGAAAGUGACUUCUUGCCUUUUGAAAAAAGAAACUUUUAUCACCAACUGAUAGCUUCACUGUACAAAAAUUUGAUGUAACCUUUUACUCUUCCUUUCACACAUUCUUUUGUGUUGAUACAUGUUUCUCUGUGUACACUUUUACUGUUAAUUUACAUGUUUAUUUGGCUACCAUGCCUUCUUUCU